CUUGUUUUUGUUCAUUACCCAAUCAAACUGUUGCGUCAAAAUUUGCUAUUGACGUUUUUAAAAAUAGCUGGUUGAUUGACAUGCCUGUCGAAGAUUAAAUGUUAAAUAGACCUUUUAUAUUACAAUAAAUGAACGAUUAUGCGAAAACUUACGUAAUAUGCGCUGAAACCGACGUGGAAUUUAAAUAGGCUUAAGGAUGAGAGAUACGAAAUAAAUCAAAAUUUGAUAAUCAUGGAUAAACAGGUGAUUAAUUAUUUCUCAUGAAGUAAAAUGGUUUCAGUUCUGAUUCAAAGCGGAGGAAUACAUGCUGGUUUUAAUAUAGAUAAUUUACUAGAGAAUAAAUCAAAAAUGUCAGUCUUGGGAACUGAUUUUCAACAUAACACAGAUUCAGCUUUUAAAAGUUUGAAAAGUGUGCCCAAAGACUCAAGUGCUGGCGACCCUCAAAUGCAUACUGCGAAUGGAUUUAACAUUAACUCUGGCAGCGCAACGAAUACCUCGACUCAUCAUGUUCACAGAGACAGUGAUUUUUGUGCCCAGUGUUUUGACUCAUCACCAUCUCAAAUUCACGAUAAUUUGUUACACAGUGUGAGGCCAUAUGAAAUGUCAACACAGAAUAUAUCUAAUAUAAAUAACGUGAACACAGGAAAUCUGAUUAGAUCAGCGGGUCUUUCUGCCCAUCCGUGGUCUUUCAUUGAACCAACAACGCCAAAUAUGCAAUCACAUGACAUACGAAGUCACCACAAUCUUGGGAACUUUGGUUUAAAGUUUCAUAACAGUUUGAUGCAAUUAGACAACCUUUCUAAUCUCUCAAGCAUACCAAACAUUGCCAGUAUUGCUAAUAAUUAUUCUCCAUUUUCAAGUCUAUAUUCACCGAUGGGUCAGAACCAGAUCGCCUCUCAAGUGGUUCCUACGAGAUUAGACCAUGGGGUUACUGGACCCGCCUUCACGUGGCCAUCGACCCGAGGGGCAGGCUUUCUAACCCCUCGAUGUCCGGAUACUGGCUUGUUUAUGCCAUCAUACAGAAAACCAAAACGUGUACGAACUGCUUUCUCUCCAACACAACUUCUUCGGUUAGAGCAUGCCUUUGAGAAGAAUCAUUACGUCGUUGGACAAGAGAGGAAAGAUCUUUCAGCAUCCCUCAACUUAUCAGAAACGCAGGUCAAAGUCUGGUUUCAAAAUAGGCGCACAAAACAUAAAAGAAUGCAAGCAGAAGACGAGAUGACGUCAUCAUUGUCACACAGAUAUAUUCCAAAUGAUCCGCAACGUAGCACUGGAAGUACAACACCAAGUCUCGAGGAUGUCAUCAUUGAUUCUUGACGACGACGCCAUUAAUGGUGAUGCAAUUGUUACUUGACGUCAGCUUCCACUUUCACGUUCUAAAUACUAUGGGUAUACUUGACAUCUGUUAGGGCAAAAGAAAUUAGAUGUUUCAAACGUCUAGUGUUGACGAAAGGAUACGUAAAACAAUAAUGAAGCUGCGAGUGUUGAAUGAAGAAAGUACACGGAAAUGAUGUACAUAUAUUCUGUGUUUCGACCUUCGUUACAUGAAUGAAUGGUACAAACCGGUGCUAUCAAAACAGUAUGCAAUUGAAUGCAUUAUAAAGUGGUGUAUGUACUGUAAUUAUUUCGUAUAUAAGCAUUUACUGCAAAAAAUGAAAUUCUAAUUUAUGUUCAAAUAUAGUGUAUACAUUUAUUAUUUCUGUAUAAAAAUUAACCAUGUUUUAAAUCUUAAUAAAAACAUUUGUAUUAAUUUUUUAUGUUAAGUUUUGUAAAUAAUUUAAUGUACUUUGUAUGAAUAUAUUACAUAUAGUUUU